AUGCUCAACACGAACAGCCCUUCCAUACUCCGAGACAUCUUGCAGAUUGUAUCGGAUAUCAAGAACGACCUCUUCAUCUUCAAAAAGGACCCCUCAAUCAAGGAGAUCGGCGUGGCCGACGUGAAGGCCGAAGUUCUGCUUCUCAAGAAGGCGAAUGAAGUCACGAUAAAGAUCAAUGUUGUCUACAAGCUCAGCGAUGGUCUCUUCAAGACUCUGAGCUUCCUCUCCAUCUCCCACUUCGCCGACAAUCUAUCAGACCUCCACGUCUCCGAGGCUUCCACUCACGACAUUUCUCAAGCCCUGGCACACUGGUUCUCUUUCUGCUCGGAGGAACUUUCUGGCCGAGUCACGGAGGAUCAGUGGGCUGUCCUGAAUGCUCCUCAUCGUCGCUAUGUGUUCCUGGCGAUGCAGACUUGGACCUUGCAGCACUCAAACGUUCCCACUGUAUCCAUCAACCAAGAGCCAGGCUGCGAGCGUCCACUUGAAGUCGAGAUGAUGCUCGAGCGCGGCAACCCAGCCGAAGGCGCCUCGAUCGGGGUCAGUGGACAAGCAGCCAAUGCAGCCGAAGAACUCGGUCUGUAUGAAAAACUCUUUCAAGCAGGGAGGCACAUCGACAGAAGCUACAGUGCCCUGGACCUGCGCGACACAGACGGGGACAUCAUCUCAAAAGCCCGCAGCGACCCUUACGGCCCAAACUCGAAAGAGACUGUGUGUAUCUACCGCCCGACGUGGAUCCGGAUCAUGACUGAGACAGCCUCGGAGCUCGGCGUACAAAUACGUCCUUUGACGACGUAUACUGCCAUUGACAAUCGUUCAGACGGUGUGACAGUAACAACUACACACGGUGAAGUUCUUGAAGCAGACAUCGUGAUCGGCGCCGACGGGCUGCACUCUGCCGUCCGCGAGCUUCUGUUCCCAGACCACCCUCCGCUGACUUACUCGGGUCAGCUGAGCAUUCGCUGGAUGGCGCCAGGCGCACAGGUGGACCCAGAGUCUUGGUACACCAGCUCUCAAGGCCGACUGAGCUUCUACUGGCUCCCCGAGAACCUGGUGUACAUUGCAUCUGUGCUCCAUGCUCCCGAGGCCAAACAUCUCAGCGCCGACGAGGUGCGGCUGCGCUUCACGAAACUGCUCGACUCGUUCUCCGCUCCUGCGCUGAAAGAGCUCCGGAGCAGAUUUGACCAACACGUCGAGCUGAUCGCACGCAACUACUACUGGAUCUUGCUCCCGGACCCCUGGUUCCGACACCGCGGCAUCUUAAUUGGUGAUGCGGCGCACGCGACCACCUCGCACAUGGGUCAGGGCGGGGGCAUGGCCCUCGAAGACUCGGUUGUGCUGGCUCAAUGCAUUCGGGAUUCGAGCAGCCUGGAAGAGGCUUUUGGGGGUUUCAUGAAACGACGCUUUGAGAGGGUGAGCACGGUUGUGAAUGCGAGUGUGCAGCUGUCUAGACUUGAACAACAGGAGGAUUGGUCGCCUCAGGAGAGAAUGGUCUAUCGUGGCAAGGCUAUGGCUGCUAUUUCAGCUCCGUAUUAA